CAGCGGCGGGUCGUCAUCCUCCACCGCGCCGCCGUCACGACCUCGGUCGAGAUCGCAGGUCUGCCGAAACAGGACGACGCAGUCCAAAAGGUUAGACACUUUUUCCUUCGAGGUAAAUCUAAAUUCUCUGAAUGGCUUGCUUUUGAAGAACAUGAACAAGAAGAUUUAAUUUUACUUAGAAAUGUAUCCCCAAAAAAAAAGGAUUUUGCCACGCAUCAAUCGAGGGAACCCGACUGCGCAGCGUCCGGAACUGCAGAGUGAAGACAUGGAGUGUGGACUAUACUCAUUGACGAAUCGAGGCUUUCUCCCGAGCACGACCGACCUCACGCCAGGGCUGCGUGGAGUCAUGCAGCAGAAACGGUCACGGAUGUAUCAUCCUAACUCGCGCGCGCUCGCGAAAGGAAUGACGGCGGUAAACUUGCCACAAGCACUUGUGAAAUUGGAUCUCACACCUGCAGUACCGUGUCCACCAAGACGGCGAC